AUGUUUAAAAGUGACUGGAAUUACAAUGUCAGUAGCAAAACUUUCAAGGAGUUAGAUCUGUCGAUCUUUUUUACUCAUAAGUCGAAAACUAUAUCUCGAUAUAUUUUUUCAAUCUGGGCUAUUACAGUUUUAAAAAUUGCUCUAUUAUGCUCUGACAUUUAUACAUGCAUUAAGUUAUUAGCAUUCAAUACUUGGGCCAACGAAGUAAUACAACCUUAUCUAUCCUUCAAAAUAUCUAAAUGGCUAUUUAGUGCAUGUAUAUUGGCAUCUGUUGUGCUGUUAGUAUGGGAAGCCGUGUGUGGCAUUAGAAUUUUUAGAACAGGCAAUAUUGCCUUAACAUAUGUGAAUAAUUUCUCUCGAUUCUUAAACUCAUUAUUCAAUUAUAAUAGAUUUUGUGUUUAUGAUAGGAUUUCUCCAGAAGGUAAAAGUCAAAAACUAGCUUUCUUCGCAUUUUUUGAACUAAAAGACUGCAUUAGAUUAUUAUUUGCUGAUUCGCCAAGACAGGUUAUUAAUGGAUUAACUUUAUGGUCUGUAUUAUUAACAGUACAUAGCAAUAGUGACUUAAAAGAUUUACAGACAUUCAAUAACUUAAUUUCCCGAAUUAAGAGGAUUGCUAAAACUAAUUAUGAAGAAGCUGUGAUUUUAUCUUUUAUGCUAUUUUCAUUUAUUAUCUGGCUAGCCUUUAUAAUCAAAUUCUUCAUUGCAGUAGGUUGUGCCAUUUAUGUCUAUAUAAAAUUUUUGCCUGAAAGAAAUAUUGGAAGUCUUCGACAAUUUGUUUGCAUUACAAUUGCUCAAAAUAUUGAUUUACUGGUCAUCAAACAAACUCGAAAACGUUUAUUAAGAAAAGAAAAGCCAAGCGGAGAAGCUCAAUUAAAUGAUAAUAUUGAUUUGGAGAAUAUUGAUGGAGAUUACUUUACGACAUCAUCUGAAUUCAGAAAUAAUAGUUCCAUUUCAGUAAUUGGAGAUACAGCAGAGACUGAUUCUUUGGAGGAAACGGUUAAAACACCAUUUAUGAAAACUACUUGCGGGAAUGAUAUUGAAAAGCUAGCUUCCGAUAAUAUAAGUGGCAUUGAAGUUGAUAAUGCAUCAGAUAUAUCUUUAGGACAGUUAAAUCCUACAGAAUUUUCCUCUCCAAUUAUGAGUACUAAAAGAAAUAGUACCAACAUAUACGCAUUAAAACACGUCUUAGAUUGUAAAUCGGCAGACAAUCUAACUCUUAAUAGCUCUCAGGAUAAUACAAAUAAAGCUCUAUCUAAAUACCAUUUGCAAAAUAAGUAUCCCAAUAACAAUGGUUUAGAGUUAUGUAUGAAAGAUGGUUCACUGCUAUAUGACAAUACUGCCUAUAAAAAUAGUUAUUCAAGCAUAAAUAUUCCUAGGAGAAAGCCGCCAUCUCUAAAGAUCGAUAAUAAUAUUAAAACUAGAAAACAUAUAUUAACUCCAGCAGGCGUCUACUUCUCAAAAUCUCAAGUAAAUGUAACUAAGACAUCACAACCAUUAAAAAUAGAAGGGGAGAAUGGCGUCACUGAGCGGGGAAUUAUCGAAUCACCAUAA